AUGACUUCCUUAGCGAAUAAUUUAUGGACUUUGGGAAAUCAUCAAACAUGCAAUGUUACAAAUAUUGAUCAUUACAUACAUAAUGGAGACACGAAGUGUUCAACAGAUUUAAUGGUCGAAACAAGUACAACUAAGCUGAGUGGCUAUGUUGAAAGCUUUUUACCCAGGAGGUUAACAAUCCUCCAACAUAUACAUAAAGCACUCAGGCUAAACGUGAUGUUUUCUAAAGAUAAAAUAAACAAACCGAUAUUGGUUUAA